GGGAGCGAGCGCACCAGGCAGCCCGAAGCCGCCGCUCUACUGCUAUUACAUAUACGGACACCAAGACUGGACAACUGGGAUCUUCAUAGUGUUGUUUAUUUUUCUAGGGAUCUGAUGACUUUUCCAACAGGAAAAACUAAGUGGUUUUCCAAACUUGUCACCCCCCAUGCCGGCGGGACAUGGCGAUGCUUCGAAGAGCAGAGCAGCCGUGGUGGAAUGUGUCGGAUGAGCGAAACAGCAGUGCCGAGGGGUCUGGUCCGGAUGACGAUGGCGAGCGGAACUACUACGCCAUGCUCUACUCCCUCCUCAUCCUGGCCAUCGUGUUCGGCAAUGUGCUGGUGUGCCUGGCCGUGCUGAGGGAGCGCUCCUUGCAGACCACCACUAACUACCUGGUGGUUAGUCUGGCCGUGGCAGACUUGUUAGUGGCCUCGCUCGUCAUGCCCUGGGCAGUCUACCUGGAGGUGGUCGGCGGCGCCUGGCUUUUCAGCCGCCUCUACUGUAACGUUUUCGUCACGCUGGAUGUGAUGAUGUGCACUGCCAGCAUUCUCAACCUCUGCGCCAUCAGCAUCGACAGGUACACAGCGGUGGUGAUGCCCGUGUUGUACAACACCACGCACCGCUCUCGCAAGAGAGUUUUCGCUAUGAUCGCCACCGUGUGGGUGCUGGCCUUUGCCGUGUCCUGUCCCUUGUUGUUCGGCUUCAACACCACAGACGACCCCAUGGUAUGUUCCAUCUCCAACCCUGACUUUGUGGUGUACUCGUCGGUGGUGUCCUUCUACUUGCCCUUUAUGGUCACGCUGUUGGUCUACAUCCGCAUCUACGUCUUCCUGCGUAUGAGGAGGAAGAGGAUCACCUUCAGCCAGGCCAGCGGGAAAGUGCAACCCGGAUCCAUGCCGCCAUCAGUGGAGACAUGUUUACAGGAUGACACGGCCAAAACCAACCACGACCUGUCACCUAUAAGGAUUAAUGUGCAGUGCGCGGAGCCUUCUGGUCCGUCCAAGUCCGACCUGCUGUCGGGAUGCCUGUGGCGCAAACGGCCCAAAACAGGACCAGUGGAGAACUCAGCACUGCCCCCUGUGGACUCGCAGAACUACUGCAGCAUAAGCCAUGCGUCCUGCGGCCGUACCGAGCUGGACGUGGAGCAGGAGCGCGAAAACGCAGCCCGGCCGGCGGAGAACAGCCGGCGUGCGGCGACCACCAGCAGCGAAGUGAGGGAUCUUUCCAACGGACGUGCGCACACCACGCUACGGCCACUCAACACCAACAACCAGAGGUUCAGGAGUAUGCAUGCGCGCGAGAAGAAGGCGACGCAAAUGUUGGCCAUCGUGCUCGGGGUGUUCCUCAUCUGUUGGCUGCCCUUUUUUGUCACGCACAUCCUCAACACACACUGCAGGACGUGCGCGGUCCCGCCACGCCUCUACAGCGCCUUCACCUGGCUGGGCUACGUCAACAGCGCCCUCAACCCCGUCAUAUACACCACUUUCAACGUGGAGUUCCGCAGGGCCUUCAUCAAGAUCCUCAGCUGCUGAGAAAGAAAAAAAAAAAAGAGAGAGGAAAAAAGUUUGAUUGUUUUGGGACUUUUUCUUUCAGGAAAAAAGGCCGCAGCACGGACCGGUUGGGUUUUCGUGGACAUUUUGUGCCAGCGUGUUCGAUUUUUGCAUAAUGUGGACUUACUCAUGUCAUCGACGGACACUCCCUUCCCACCGUGCAUGCAAACGUGCAAGAUCAUUGGGAAAUAAAACGUGGAAGACCAUUUUUAUGGAGCUUUUUUCUGUCCCUGUGAUGUAGCGCUGAUUCUACAAGUUCUGUCGUGUG